UAAAAAACAUCUAUAAAUGAACGGUUGAGAACUCGUUAUUGACUUUGUAACCACAAAAAGAAACGUGGAUGUUCUCUCUCUCUCUCUCUAUUGUUUCAUCUCUUCAAGAUCUCCGUCAAACUUCACUAUAAUAAGAUCAAAAAGUCUUUAUCUUUUAAAAGUUUUGUUGUAAAAAUGCCGAGCAAGUGCGAAAUCUUGUGCGAGAUCUUAAUCGCCAUCCUUCUUCCUCCUCUAGGAGUUUGCCUCAGGCGUGGCUGUUGCACUGUGGAGUUCUUGGCUUGCUUGAUCCUGACUAUCUUAGGAUACGUACCAGGCAUAAUCUAUGCGCUUUACGUGAUUGUGUUCCAGAACCAAGAAGAGUACUUCGAUGAAGCCAGACGCCCUCUCUACUACUCCGCUUGAUAUCUCUCUGCCUUUGUCAGAAUCUGUUUGUUCUUUAAAAAAACUGUUCACUCUCUGUACUCAAAUAAGUUGAUUUGUAAUGUGUUGAAAGAGACAUCAAAACUUUGUGUGUUCGAUCUUCCUUUUGUUAUAUAUAUGUAGGGAUUAAAGGUGAGAUUA